AUGCUCAAGCAAAUAUCACCUACAGGACCGGAUCCAGUAACUCAUUCAUGGUUUCUCUCUGGUUCACCAUGGCCAAUGAUCAUACUUACCAUUGGUUAUAUUCUUUCAAUUCCUUAUGGCAAACGAUGGAUGUCAACUCGUUCAAAACCAUAUAAUCUUCGUAUACCGAUUGUUAUAUACAAUAUCUUUGCAAUUUUAGUUAAUGCAUACGUUGCUUUUCUUGCAAUACGAACAUUAACUUUAAAAUCUUAUCGAAUCUUUUGUCAAGCUGUUAUGCAUGAUGAAGAAGAUAUUUAUUUAGCUAAAGCUGUUUGGUGGUAUUAUAUAUCCAAAGGUUGUGAAUUUUGGGAUACAUGGUUUUUUAUUUUAACUAAAAAAUUUUCUCAUGUUAGUAUUCUUCAUGUUUAUCAUCAUGCAACAAUGUUUCCUCUAUGGUAUCUUGCUACACGAUAUACACCAGGUGGUGAAGUAGCACUACCAAUGAUUGUUAAUUCAUGUGUUCAUGUUAUUAUGUAUUUGUAUUAUGCUUUAGCUGUUAUGCAUAUUCAACGAAAACUAUUAGCUCAAAUUAAACUUUUUGUUACUGUAAUACAGAUAAGUCAAUUUGUAGCUGCAGCUAUUGGUUGUAUGCUUCGUUUUCAUACAAUGUUCUUCAUAGGUGAUCAAUCUUGUUAUGAUUUUCCUGUUUUAUUUGUUUUACUUUUUCUUGCUCAUUCAACAUCAUUAUUAUUUCUUUUUGUUAAUUAUUUUCUACAAGAAUAUAUUUGGAAACAAAAGACAAAACAUCUUGAAGAAAAAACAAAUCCAAUAAAAAAGAAUGGUUAUAUUACACAUGAAAAACAUCAUUAG